AUGGAGCGGCCGGAUCGCACAGAUCGGGCACCGCCGCCCACAACUGCGACCACGACAACGCCUGCGGGCACAACCUCGACUUCCUCCGCCGCUGGCGUUCGUGGUCUGCCCGAGAAUCCUGCUCAGGGUCGCCGGCCGGUCCCAAACUCGGCCGCUACGUCCAACGGAAAAACUGCGCCGCCUCCUCCUCCCAUCCCGACUGGUACAAAUGCUCCUCCGAAUGGAAAUCUUUCGGUAUCCAGGGCCCUUACGCCGGCACAGGUCAUCAGCCUCGCCCAUGAUGCUAUGCGCACAGCGUUGGAAAGCGAGGGCCAAACUGUCGAAGCCAGCACCGCAGGCACUGGUCUGAAGUCUGGUGUGACGGUUGAUCUCAGCCGCAAAAACAUCCAGAAAUUGCCAGAAGAGGUGGUAGACAUCGUCAAAGAUGAGCUUGAGCGACUUGCUCUCUCGCACAAUCAAUUGUCGGCUCUACCCACCCGAUUUUCAGAAUGCACAUCUUUGCGCUACCUUAACAUUCGCGGCAAUCUCAUUAAGGAGUUCCCCAUGACCCUAUGCGAUCUCACCUCGCUAGAAAUUCUCGACCUCGGCAGAAACCAACUGCGUUCGCUACCAAACGAAAUUGGAAAGCUCACAAGUCUCAAGGUCUUGUCCGUGCCCAAGAAUCACAUUCGCGAGCUUCCAUUAUGUCUCGCCGACAUGGUCUCACUGCAAGUCUUGAAAUUUGAAGGAAAUCCCAUUAGCUUCCCACCCAAAGAUGCGCUGCAGCUGCAAGCGGCCAGCCCCUCCAACGAGGCUAGGGAAACCGAGGUAACCGAGGUGGCUGUAACCGCACAUAUCAAGAGAUUUAUGCGCCAGUUCGCUCUCAGCGGACGGAUGGAGGCAGAGGGCACUGGCGACGAGUCAAGCGAGAACGCUGAGACCCCCCGCUAUCCUUUGAAGCGUGCAGCCAGCGGCCGAUUCCCAAUCAAGGUCAACGGAUCGGACCCUCCUGAUAUCCGAUCACCGAAUCCUGGCGCUAGAGCUCCUCCUAUCCCCUCUCGAUCUCAUUACCGUGGCCUCUCGCAGCAAAGCACUGCAAUCCGACGACCUAGCGUUAUGCCGCUCACGAUCGGAAAUGUCAACGAACGUUUGCGAAGCAACUCUGAGAGUCUAUUGCGGCCAGAUCGAUCGGACGGUCGUCAUCGACGUAUGGGCAUCGUCUCGAAAAAGAUGUCGGAGCUCGAUACUCUCGAGGAGACAGAACCCAACAACCGGUUCAGCCACUACCGCGGCUUGAGCCACGGGUCCGCGAUGCAAGAGACUCCGGCCGGAACGAAAAGCCCUGCUACCCCAACCGACAGCCUCCUGCAACGCCCAAUUUAUGUUCGCCGAUUAUCAGUCCUGCCGGAGCGAAGACGCGAAUCCAAGGUCUAUGAUCCUGUCAUUGAAUCUGCCAAAGGAAUUCUAUAUUCUGUCUUUCAAAUCCACCCCAUGAUUCAGAUGCUUAUGACAUUGACGAAUGAUGGGUCAGCAAAAAGAUCCAGCCUUGAAAUUGUCUUUUACAAUACCAACUCCCACGUGGAAGAACUCGAGCAAGAGAUUCAAAAGUACGAAAACGCCAUCCUGGAGGAAGACGAAUACAACACACAGGACAACCAGAACGUGCACCGUGCAUGCCAGACUCUCGUCAGUGCAUAUGGCCACGUCUGCACUCUACUCGCAGAUAACAUUGAUACGUUUGUUAACAAUGGUGAUGCACGAUAUAUUCGGUCACUCCUCAUGUUACUAUACAACAGUAUCAUGGAGCUGCGGGUCACUUUAUGUUCCGUCUCUUCACAAUCUGACCAGACGACUUCGGAAAUACAAUAUGAGAGCAACAGCAAUACAAUCAAGCCAUACACCCAAAAUGGCCAAGUGCAGUCCGCCUCGAUGGACAGGAAUGGCCAGCAACGCAGCCGUCAAGGCACUGCGCGCCAUAGCCCAGCCAAUUCAAGAUCCUCUCAGGAUCACCAGGGCCCAUACAUGAGUGGCCCUCGACGGCCAAACGGCUACAUGUCCAACGAUCAGAUGGGCCAUAUGGGCCACAUGGGUCCUCAGGCCCCUGCUUACAAUACAGCUGAAGACGAUAUGCAGUUCGAAAGGAUACUAAUUUCGCUGCAAAGGUCGGCCGACAUUGUUCUGCAGGUGCUGCCUAAUUUCAGCAUGCAAUUAACCGGACGACUCAGAAACGCGGCACAGCAACGAGCACCCGAGGGUGCCCUGCGCGACUUGAAGGGCCUUAUCAACAUCUGCAACGAUAACGUCCAGCAAAGCGAAGUGCUCAAAAACCAGAUCGGUGCUCUGAAGCGAAAGGAUCCAAGCUUGCGUACACAGCCUGGCUUUGGAGUCUUGUGCAGAAACUUCUUCUCCAGCUGGGCAAGCACUGCUGGAAUGAUCAAGGAGUUGACUAAGCGCCUUCCCCUGCCUCCCGACACUCGAGUGCGAUUAAGGCCUAUUCAGCAGAUGAUUAAGGACACUAGCAACUUGAUUGUGCAGUCUCCUUGGCAACAUCUCAUUCGAGUGCCUGGUCAUCCAGGCAUGUACCCCAAUGGCAUUAUGUCGCCUUCGAAUGUCCCCAUCACACCGCAGAGCGCGGCCCUCGGUCCCGCGAUGCAGGCUACCGUGCCUGUGACACCACAAAGCGCUUCUUUUGCCAGGGCUUUCCAUGGCAACGUCUUUGACCGAGCCGACGCUUUGAUUGCGAACCCCGGCAUCUCCAUUUCGAGAAGCGGCCCAAUGAAUCGAGGUCACUCGAAUCUCAGCUCGCUAUCCUCAAUAUCGUCCCUCUCUUCAGACGGGGCUCCCACACCACCUUCAAACUAUUGA